UUGCUAAUGACAACAUUGCCAUCUGUCUAAAGUAAAUUUGAUGACAUGAUAAUGCUGGCAAAGUUGUUUCCUACUAAAUAUUUGAAUACUUUAGCAAUGUCAACGUAUUUCCAGGAACUAUAGUGGAAUUUAGACGAAACAGUAGUUAGCCUCCGUCCAGAAUGACUGUGCUUCUUCUUCUCUGAAGUUUUAUGGCAGACUACACCGAUUGGUGUAUUGCCACCACCUACUGUACGGAGUAUUGAAACAAAACAAAAGGAAUACUGUAUAUUCCAUUGCAGGAGGGGGGGGGUCCGAGAUAAUAGAAAAAUAAAUCAAACAACCAUCCCACUCUUUCAGUCACAUUCAAAGCAAUCCCUACACAGGCUCAGGUGUCUGUGACGAUGGUCAUUCAUCGACAGGAUUCCUUGUCUCUGCAGAAAAGUCCCAGAGGCCCCAAAAAAAACACUCAGUCGCACUCACGAUGAUGCCUAUUUACUCCGAUUUCCUCUCCGUUUGCGCUGUGCAUUGAUAACCAAAGUAAUAAACGCUAAAAAGUCCACCUUCUUAACGUGCAACAUGUCAGGAUCCCUCUGUUGACAAGGAACAUCAUCUUGUGUCUCUACUACUACCAUUACUUCAUGAACUUCACUCCUUUCUUCCACGCUUCUCAAUGCCUCCGGAUAGGAGACAUUCUGGACAGCCCUUAUUCUUGCCAACUCCAUCUCCUUCACCCUAACAGGACACUUCAGAAAUUCGGGUGAAUGUUCACCACCACAAUUGCAGCAUUUAGGCUCAGCUGACAUUUAAUACUCCUCCGGUCUACAUACACUUGACACAUUUUUCCCACUGCAUGGGUUUGGGCACGGAGGCUCUCACAGGGAAUCUCAUGUAACCUAAAUACAAGUGGGAAGGGAGCGACUCUUCAUCAAAAAACAAUAGAGUGGAUGGAGUUGGCUUCCGCUCUCCAUCUACCGUACAGGUCAGUCUUUGUGCACCAACCACUUGAUCCUAUUCUUCACAUAUAUCCUUUGCAUUUACUUCUAGAUCCACCCCAGAGAUAACACCCUUGAUAGGUGCCCUGCUUCAAAGAUCCAGACACACAACACAUUCCAAUCCGACAUCUUGAGGCGCGAAGCACGCUCCUUCUGUUCCGUAGAAAACACAAAAAAAACUAAAAAAGCCCACUUCUCGUUAUUCUCAUCGACGCCACCAACGCAUCCACAAUUUAAAUAGAGACUUCAAACGGCUCUCCCAGGUAACAAAAUUGAUCCAAAACCCUUAUUCCAACCAAAACAUACUCAGACCUAGGUUUGGAUUUACUAGUUUUCACUACCACUUUACUUCUCUUGUUUCCUUUUACAUUCGCCACUGUAAUCCAAUUCUACUCAUUCUCAUCUCCACUCGACAAGCCAUCUAAUUCAAACAGAACAUCUGCUUCCAUGACUGUGCUGAUCAUCACUUCAGGGUACCACUAUGGCGCCGCCGGUAGAGGGCGGCUUGAACGUUCAUAACAAUGGCAUGACGUGACCGUGUGACGGAGGUGCAACCUAUGAAUAGCGGUCUCCAUGACAACACAUCAGGCAUGAUGGGACAUAUGAUCGAAAGAUGAAAAGUAAUGGGACAAGCAUUCAUAACAGACCAAUGUUAAGGCGACAAGGCACAAGGGAGCAAUAUGGAUAUAAUGAGGUUGUUUUGAAAGGAGCAGGAAAGAAACUGAGUCUUCUUGGACAGACCUGUGCCGUGUGCUUAGAAGAGUUCAAAAGCAGAGACGAGCUUGGAGUGUGUCCCUGCUCACAUGCCUUUCACAAGAAGUGUCUGUUAAAAUGGCUGGAGAUCCGCAGUGUCUGCCCCAUGUGUAACAAACCCAUCUGCCGUUUGCAGCCAGACCCCCCACAGGGCGCAGAGAGGCCCCAGAGCCCAAUGGAGGUGUGAGAUGAGCGAGGGACCACACUGCAGCACCACAACACCCCUAAUUACAGUUCCAACCUGCCUCAUCCCACUCCACUCCGCCGGACCCCUAAAAAUCACACCCUGGUCCAGUUGAAGUGAAUUAGGCAUUCCAUCCUGACGUCUUCCAUAUACCCCCAUCCUAGAGUUCUGACAGACUCUACUCUGGUUUUGAAGGUGUUAGACCCCUGAAGGUGUGUGUGAGAUGAGACUUUGAAGUGGAACUCAUAGAACAAUAUUGGAGAACAAACUGAAUGGUUUUUUAUCUAAAAGGCAGGGGAUGGAUGAAGAGACCCUGUCCCAUGACCACCGGCCAACCCCUACAGGAGAAACAGUGGGUACUGAAAAAGAGUUGGGAUGCUGUGCAUUGGGCCCUACUUUCCCAAAUCAUAGUCAAUAACCCGCCAUCCCAUGUUGCCAAGUGAAGAUAGGGUGUCCUGAUUGGUCGAUGAGUAACAUGGGGCCUGGAUGGAGGUAACACGCACAUACCAUGCCCACAGCUGCCAUCAUGGGCCUAUGAGGUAUUCAGCUAUGACAUAGGGUGCAGUGACCCUGUCACUAAAUAACACUUCAGGGUCAUUCUUGACUUGCAUUGCCAUUUGGGCAUGGUAUUUUGGAAGAAAUUAACUUCAUUUUUGUUUGUUUUUAUUUAAAUGUACAGUAUAUGGGUACAUCUUACUAUUCUAAAUAAACUUUUAUGGCAGCUUAAUGACUUUAAAUAUCAAGGAUGGUAAUGACACAUUUUAGGUAAUUUAGUAUUUUCUUAAAUGGAGAGCACAGAUGCUCAAAUGUCCUUAACCCUAAUGGGAUAUGAUUAAUCUUUUAAUCACAAUGUAAUUUCCCUUACAUUUUUACAUUUAAAUUGAGUAAUACCAAUGACAAUUUUUAUUUAGACACCAAGUCAUCAAUGGAAUCCUCAAAAUGAUGACAUGCUAAAAGGGUGUGAUUAGCUAAGAACUUUCUUUAAUAUAGACCCCUCCCCCGAUAACAGUUUGCAACUGGAGGGAAUGCUCAAGGUCCUUGUAUAUUUUUUGUGUAAUGAGUAAUUUCAGAAACGCCUAACUAAAAUCUGGCAUAUUUGCAUCAGAUGCCCGAUUAGCUUCUGGGGGAGAUGUAUGAGAAAAGAUAGGCCUACUAACGAGACAAGAGAAGUCACUUUAAACAAUGCAUUAAAUAUACAGUUUUGCAGUAGAAAUUGAUUUAUCUAUAUUUUAUCAAUGAUAACAGUACAAUAUAAACAAAAACAUGUAUGAUGUGUAAGUAUUUGUUAUUUGAAAGUGUUUUUCAUUGUUGCAAAGCCGAGGGACGCAAAUGCCACUGCAAUUCAAGAAUGACCCAUCAAUAAAAUAUAUAAUUUUAAAAUUAUUUCUAAGGAAUUGUUUUGUAUUAUAACUGGCUUUCAAUAAAGUGUAUUGUUUCAGUGA